GAGAAGAAAGGAGGGAGAAAAAGAACCCCACUACCAAAUUGUACAGGGACACUGAAAGAGAAAAGGAAACCAAACAAAAACAAAACAAACCCAUCUCUCUAAAAUCUAAAUCCACACUGCCCCAUGUUUUCUCGACUCCUCUAACCACAAAGCUUUGCUCAGAGAAGACCAAAAACUGAGUCAUGGGUUGCUGUGAGUCCUCCUUUCUGACAGAGACGCACCCAGAAAAAGAGCAGCAACAAGCCCAGCUCCAAACCCAGACCCACCCACCUUCCAUUGGAGCCGACCCGGUAUCUGCCGGGGGAGCAGUAGUCUCAUCCUUCUCUGAGUUCUCCUUCUCGGACCUCAAGGCCGCCACCAACAACUUUAGCUCAGACUUAAUCGUCUCAGAGAGCGGGGAGAAGGCUCCCAAUCUCGUCUACAAGGGCCGCCUCCACAACCGUCGAUGGAUUGCGGUGAAGAAGUUCACCAAGUUGGCUUGGCCGGACCCCAAACAGUUUGCGGAGGAGGCUUGGGGAGUUGGGAAGUUGAGGCAUCGGAGGCUGGCCAAUCUGAUUGGGUACUGCUGCGAUGGAGAUGAGAGGCUGCUGGUUGCUGAGUUCAUGCCUAAUGAUACUCUUGCCAAGCAUUUGUUUCACUGGGAAAAUCAAACCAUUGAAUGGGCCAUGCGUUCAAGAGUAGCGCUUUAUAUUGCUGAAGCCUUGGAUUACUGCAGUACUGAGGGCCGUCCAUUAUACCAUGAUUUGAAUGCUUAUAGGGUUCUCUUUGAUGAGGAUGGUGAUCCCCGACUUUCAUGUUUUGGCUUGAUGAAGAAUAGUAGGGAUGGGAAAAGUUAUAGCACCAACCUUGCCUACACACCUCCUGAGUAUUUAAGAAAUGGAAGGGUCACCCCUGAAAGUGUUAUUUAUAGCUUUGGCACUGUUCUUCUGGAUCUGCUUAGUGGAAAACACAUCCCCCCAAGUCAUGCUCUUGACAUGAUACGGGGAAAAAAUAUCAUUCUCUUGAUGGAUUCACAUUUGGAUGGAAAAUUUUCUAUGGAAGAAGCAACAGUGGUGGUUGGUCUUGCAUCUCGGUGUUUGCAAUAUGAACCUAGGGAGCGACCUAACACAAAGGAUCUUGUUGCAACACUUUCUCAACUGCAAACCAAACCUGAUGUUCCAUCUUAUGUCAUGCUUGGAAUUCCAAAGCAUGAGGAAGCCCCAUCAACCCCGCAGCGCCCUCUUUCAGCAAUGGGUGAGGCCUGUUCAAGGAUGGACCUCACAGCUAUCCAUCAGAUCUUGGUUAUGACUCACUACAGAGAUGAUGAAGGAACUAAUGAGUUAUCUUUCCAAGAGUGGACCCAACAGAUGAGAGAUAUGCUGGAGGCAAGGAAGCGUGGGGACUAUGCAUUCCGUGACAAAGAUUUCAAAACUGCCAUUGACUGUUAUUCCCAGUUCAUAGAUGUUGGAACCAUGGUCUCUCCAACUGUUUUUGCUAGGCGCAGUCUAUGCUAUCUGUUAUGUGAUCAACCAGACGCCGCCCUUCGAGAUGCGAUGCAAGCACAAUGCGUGUAUCCGGACUGGCCCACAGCUUUCUACAUGCAGUCAGUUGCUCUUGCCAAGCUGGACAUGCACAAGGAUGCUGCUGACAUGUUAAAUGAAGCAGCUACACUAGAAGAAAAGAGACAACGAGGUGGGAGAGCAUCAUAAAAGUCAACCCUGUAAUGAGAGUAAUAAAUCCAUUCAUCACUACCCAUUGUUGUUGAGGCUACCCUAAUCUGUACAAAAAUUGAGCUGGGAAUCAAUAUUGUAUUCUAAAGUGAAAAUGUAAUUAAAAAUGUGCACGGUUGGCGCCUGAAGUUCUAGCAACUUGUAUGUGACAUAUUAAUGCAGCUUUUCAUCUUUGUUUAGUGCCACUGGUUUUAAGGCCUACUAUAAAAAUGAGAGUAUUUCUGACAUUAACCCAUUGGC